AUGGCGCUGAGCUUGGACGGCAGCUGGGAAGCAGCAGAACAUCUGAUCCCCGACGUAGGCCUCUUCCAUGAAAGCCAAUCCGAAGUAGCCGAUGCGCUCCUCGGUUUCUUCUCCGACCCUGUCGAGGCUUGUCGCCUCCCCAUCGACUCCCUCUUCGAUCGACCGGGCGAUGCCUACGACGACACAGGCCCCACCCUGCUCCCCUCACUCGUUCCACACCCCUGUUUCUCUGCACCCUCCGUGGUGUCCCUCCCUCCCGACCUUUACGCACCAAGCGACGAAUUCGAUCUCUACCACCGUCCGAAGCGGCCCAGGAGCUGCAACGAUCUGUGUCGCCCGUGGGAACUCAUGCCCGAGGCCAACUCCUGCAAUGUGGCCAUGCCUGCACCAGCCGUGACUGGCUGCCAGGUACCUGAGCUCUCGACGGAGUUCAUGGCCCCUCCUCUACCAGCAGUCGUGACACCGGCAUGCGACGGAGAGAGGAAGGCGGGUGGCGGGUGCUUGUCUGCGCAGAGCGUGGCAGCGAGGGCGCGGAGGAAGAGGAUCAGUGAGAAGACUCAGGAGCUCGGAAGGUUGAUCCCUGGCGGCAACAAGAUGAACACAGCUGAAAUGUUUCAGGCUGCCUACAAGUAUGUCAAGUUCUUGCAGGCACAGGUUGGGAUUCUCGAGCUCAUGGCCUCAAUUAAGGUACAAAAGACUCGUCUUCAGUACAUCCAAUCUCAAAGCUUUGCCAGCGAUGGAUUCAUUGGCCUUCAUAUGCAGGGCUGGAAUGCGCCACAGCAGGUGGAGCAAAAGCUUCGACUUCUUCUUGCAUCUACCGUUGUCCAAGAGAAGCUGUCAGGCGAAGGGCGAUGCCUCGUCCCGGAGCAGGCGAUCGAAUCCAUGUCCACGGGCCGGGACAUCGAAUCCGACAUGCUCAUAUCCAAGGAUCUCGAUCGCUUCAUCGAAUCGGUGGGACGAUCCAAUUAG